UCUUUUUCCCUCAGCAUGUUAUCGCCAAGGGCAGCGGUGGAGAGCGGCGAUUGGUCAGCCGCUGGGUGUCGUCUGGCCGGUCAGCGCGGCAGGGCGACUAGUCCAAUUGACCAGCAUCCUCAGGACACGAUGGUCGACUCGGUCUUCAGGACCCGCUCGCUGGGAGCAGCGGCCGAGGGCGUGCGCGACCAGUACGCGGACGGAAAGGCUGCCAAGGUGUGGCAGGUGUACAUCGGAGACAAAAAUUCACGCACCCAGCACUACAAGGACUUCUUGGUCGGGCUGCUCAGGAAGAAGGGCUGCAAGAGGAUUCUCGAUGUAGCCUGCGGACAGGGUGUCGAUUCGAUUUUGCUGUUGGAGGAAGGGUUUGAGGUUUUUUCUAUCGAUGCGUCGGACAAAAUGCUCAAGUACGCCCUGAAAACCAGGUGGAACAGGAGGAAAGACCCGGCCUUCGACAAAUGGGUGAUUGAGGAAGCCAACUGGCUUUCUUUAGUGGAAGACAUCAAUGGCUUGCAAUUUGACGCGGUCAUCUGCCUUGGAAACUCUUUCGCUCAUCUUACAAGCUCGGUGAAUGACAUAAAAAAAGCUUUGAAAAACUUUGAGCAAUGCGUCAAGCCCGGUGGCAUGCUGCUGAUCGACCACCGCAACUACGAUUACAUCAUUGACAAGGGUGCCACUCCAGCCCACAGCAUCUAUUACAACAGCAAACACACGACCGACAUCAAAACAUCGGUCUUGUUUGUCAAUGGAGAAGCGCAGAUGGUGACCAUGGACUACGUGAUGGACAUCUCCGACAUCGCCAGUGCUGGCGAGGAUCAUGAAAGUCACUUCCGUCUCUCGUACUAUCCGCACCGACUUGCCGACUUCACCAAUAUGCUGGCGGAAGUUUUCGAUAAGAAGGCGAAAAACACCAUCUACGGGGAUUUCAAGCCGUUGAAACAAAUCGAAGAUCCUGCGUUCUUCAUCCAUGUUGUUGAAAAGCCUUGAAGAGUAGAGAUUUAUGGGCCUGACGAUGAGAUCUGUUGUAAAUGCUACGAUUUAGAUUUUUGUUUUAGAUAGUACAAAUAAAAGUCAUGUUUUUGCAUAAAAAUAUGAAAA